CCCUUUAAUUUAAUUGGCUUUGCAAAAAUUAGGUCUCUCUUUGUUACAAUAAAUUAAAAAUCCGUAACAACGCCUCAUAAGCGAAGGGGUCUCGGAAAAAUCUCUCUGAUUAGCUGACUCCGUUAUUGACUCACUCGCUAUUGAUAGCGAUCUCUCCCGGCAGCGACGAUGAAGAACGAACGAGAAGUCUUCGAUUUCAAAGAAGAAAACGAGAUAGCUGAAUUAGCAGCUGGUAAAGUCUUAGUUGCCCAGGAAUGUGAUGUUCCUGGAAAGGAAUCCGGCAGUUUAGUUUGUGUAGAUGCUGAUGCUAUUGGCUGUGAUAAUGCGGAUACUUGUGUUCAGCCCGGAACUGUUAGAGACGACGUAAUCACUGAACAAGGAAAUUCUGGUUCUGAUGCUGUUCCCCAACUCACUUCUUUAAGUCAUGAUCAAGGCUUUUGUUUUCGGGUCGAUGAUUUUGAGUCGAAAAGGCUUUUCAGUGAACACGAGACGAUAAUUUCAUGCCAUGAAGCACCUUUGCCUGGGGAAAGCCAAUUAAACCGUGGUCUUAGAGACUCUCCACCGUCCAGUAGUGAGGCUGAUGAUGGGCAAUUAGAUGUUGAUGACCACAUGGAGGAUUGUUCUCCAUCAAGCCCCACUCCUGAUAUUACAGAGGCUAGCGUUAUUUUAAAUGGCCCCACACCAACCAAUUGUUUCAGCUACGCAGAAGUGGGGGGGAUUAAUCUUCUUGUUGAUUAUGUUGUAUACCGGGGUAAAUAUUGUUCUGGGUGUGUGAUGACGUUUUCUUAUGGUGGUGUUAAAAUAAAUGGUGCAACUGCACAUGGAGACGAAGGAACCUUUGGCUUUGAAGCGGGAAUUGAUGACAUUGUUAGCAUUGAGUCUCAGAAUCUUCAAAGAUUUGGAACUGUAACAAUUAAGCUCAACAUACUUUCAAAGGAUGCAGUACAAGCUGAUACCACACAUGGCAUGUCAGGUGUGGAGGAGUUGGAGGUUGCAGUUGUUGAGCCAAAUUGGUCCAGGAAAUGGGAAGAGAUUUCAUCUUUAAACUUGAAGUACUCAGCUCUACUGAGCGUUAUACAUGAUAUGGAUAUUGCAAUGGAUGGAGGAGUGGACAUACUUCAACAGAGGCGUUAUUUCCCGGGUUUUGAUGUGGAGUUUGAAGAUGUUAUAUAUCCAAAAGGGGAUUCAGAUGCAGUUUCCAUUAGCAAGAGAGAUGUUGAUCUAUUACAACCAGAGACUUUCAUCAAUGAUACAAUUAUUGACUUUUACAUUAAGUAUUUGAAGAAUCAGAUUCCUCCUGAGGAAAAGCACAGAUACCAUUUUUUCAAUAGUUUUUUCUUUAGGAAGCUUGCUGAUCUAGACAAAGAUCCAUCCAGUGUGAAAGAUGGCAGAGCUGCUUUUUUACGCGUUCAUAAAUGGACCAGAAAAGUGGAUAUAUUUGGAAAAGAUUACAUUUUCAUCCCUGUAAAUUUCAAUCUUCACUGGAGUUUAUUAGUCAUAUGCCAUCCUGGUGAAGUAGCUGGUGUGAAAGAUGAAGAUACAGCAAAAUCUGUCAUAGUACCAUGUAUUUUGCACUUGGAUUCUAUCAAAGGAACUCAUGCAGGUCUCAAAAAUCUAGUUCAAAGUUAUUUAUGGGAAGAGUGGAAAGUGAGGCAGAAGGACACAUCAGAAGACAUGUCUUCAAAAUUCUUGAAUUUGCGGUUUGUCCCUCUUGAGCUGCCACAGCAAGAAAAUUCAUUUGAUUGUGGCUUGUUCCUGCUUCACUAUCUGGAACUGUUUUUGGUAGAGGCGCCUGUGAAUUUUAGCCCAUUCAGAAUAAACGAGUUCAAUAAGUUUCUUAAUGGGGACUGGUUUCCCCCUGCUGAAGCUUCUCUCAAGCGUACUCUUAUCCAGAGGCUAAUUUCGGAGCUUCUUCAAAAUCGUUCUCGGGAAGUUUCUUCUGGUGGUUGCUGCAAUGAACCUCAGUCUGAUUUUUCAGAAAUGAAUGGGAAAGAAUCUGGAUUGGGGCUUGUUUCAGAGAGAUGCACACCUGCUGGAGCUUGUCAUGUUAAUUUAUCAAGUUCUGAUCCUGGCCAGGGCAUUGAAAUUACUCUAUUGGAAGCAUCUUCUGUGAGGAAUUCUCAUUGUGUUGAUGAUUCUGGCUUAGUUCUCAGGGAAUUUUUUGAGCCAGGAGUUGCUGCUGGAUCAUUACUUACACAGUGUCCAUCCUUUGACCAGUCAUCGUCUUAUUUCCACCUUAAUGAUACUAUGUCACAGAUAGAGCAGGAUGAUACAGAAACUGGCGAGCAGUUUGUGUAUUUCUCUUCUGGAGAGGCUGUUUUUCAGCAAAUUGCAGGAAUACCUCCUCAGGAUGGUUCUUCUAUAUCAUGUUCUUUUAGAGGCUUUGGGGCUGAUGAUUCCUGGAAUCCAGGGAUUUCUUUGCAAGCAGAGGACAAUGGUUCAUCUUCAGAAACAUCAGACUGUGCCUCUGAUGAUUCAGAUGUAGGAAUCAUUGAAAAUUGUCCAGUUAAGGAAGAUGUAGGUCUAUGUCAGAAAGAGAAAUCUGAUCAACAAACAUCUUCUUUGAAGGAAAACAUGGAGUGUUUGACAACAAGCCAUGCUGCUGCCUCUAGUGAGAUGCUUGAGAAUCCUGCCUUUGGAGAUAUACAAAACCUUGAAGGUAGUGAGGACACUCACAGGAUUGAUGAUGGCAAUGAGAAUGUCAGCCUCGCCUCUUGUCAGGGAAAUUUCUCAGCACCACUGCAAGAGGACAACAACUUAGUAGAGAAUGUGGCAGAGGUCACUCAGGAUGAUAUGCAAACAAUUGAAGGUACACAUAACCUUGAAGGUAUUGAUGACACUGACAGGAUUGGUCAUGGCAAUGAGAAUGGUAACCUUGCCUCGUGUCAGGAAAAUUUAUCUGCAUCAUUGCAAGAAGACCAUGCUUUGUUAGGGAAUGGAUUACAUCAAGAUUUGCAAAAGACUGAGGCCACAGAGAAUGAUAUGCAAAUGUUUGGUGAUCAUGUGAUAUUAGUAGAAUCAGAUGAACAGCAAGCUGCAAAGAGGCCCAGGCUUAGCCCUCCGCAUGAAGUUAAUGGAGAAAUCACCAGAAGCCUGUCAAAGGAUCUGAAUUUGUAAUUUAGACUGGAGAUGGGAAUUUCCCACUUAUUUUGUUCACAUAUAAUUGUUUCCCGGGAUCUCACUAGAUGUUGAUGAAUCAAUCUGUGAAUAGCGUGUCACGUCUCUGUAUUGACAAUAACUGGUGGACGGCUGUAGGAAAAUUGUUUAGGUGCAGUUGCUGGAAGUUCUAUAUUGAGGCCUGCCAAGCAAAUAUAUAAUCGAGCAUAUCUAUAUUUGCGGGCA